AUGCUGCAGCUCGCAGCCUCCAGCAUACUCGGUCUCACGGUGCCCCACGCGCCCCACGCGCCUCCGCGCUGCCUCGCCGCCUCGCGUGCCGCCUCGCCCGUCUGCGUCGAUGACAAGUCAGAGGUCGAGGAGUACUUCAACAACGAGGGCUUCAACCGCUGGAACCGCAUCUACUCGGAGGACGGCGAGGUCAACGCGGUGCAGCUGGACAUCAGGACUGGCCACGGGCAGACGGUGGACAAGAUCCUGAAAUGGGUCGACUCGGACGGGAGGGAGUCCCUGUCCGACGGCACCUGGUGCGACGCCGGCUGCGGCGUCGGCUCGCUCGCCAUUCCGCUCGCCCAGCGCGGCGCGACCGUCGUCGCCUCGGACAUCGCGGGCGCGAUGGCGUCCGAGGCAGAGCGGCGUGCGGCGGACUUGGGCCUGAGCGAGCGCGCGUCCUUCUCGACGUCGGACCUCGAGUCGCUCAGCGGCGAGUACGACACCGUCUCGUGCAUCGACGUCAUGAUCCACUACCCGCCCGAAAAGAUGGCGGGCAUGGUGGGGCACCUCGGCGGCAUCGCAAAGGAGCGGCUCAUCCUCUCCUUCGCGCCGGACACGUGGUACUACCGCGCCCUCAAGCGCUUCGGCGAGCUCUUCCCGGGCCCGUCCAAGACGACGCGCGCCUACUUGCACACCGAGGAGGCCGUCCUCAAGGCGCUCUCCGAAGCCGGCUUCGCCCCGUCGCGCACCGAGAUGACGGGCACGAACUUCUACUUUUCGCGCCUCAUCGAGGCGGUGCGCCAGUGAGGAGCAAAGGAGAGAGCGCCACACCACGACCCCCGCGCCACGGGGCUGGCCGAAGAGUGUGAGAGGUCCCGGCCUCUACUUCAGCCUCUACAUGCUAGAUGUAGCUUUGGUGUGCCCGGGCGGGCGGCCUGCCUCCUCGUGCCUUCGCGCUGUCCUUUGUCCAUCUCUGGAGAUCUCCCCUGGGGGCCAUGAUAAAACGAAAACUUUCGC